UCCCCGAGCGCGGCUCUUGGCGCGGUGGGAGCUCGGCCCGGCUCUGCCGGGUAUUUGGUUCUUGGGGCUGCCUGGAGCUGCUGGCUGGGCUUGCAGGAUGAUGAGAAGCGUGGGGUCUGACUGGCUGAAAGCCAAGUUCUUGGUAAAAACGUUAAAAUUGGGAGGAAUUGUUCCUGCAUCUUAACAGGUAUUGAAUAAAAUAUGCUGUUAUCAAUAGGAAUGCUGAUGUUGUCUGCCACUCAGAUAUACACUAUUGUGACUGUGCAGUUGUUUGCCUUCCUGAAUCUUUUACCUGUGGAGGCAGAUAUUUUAGCAUAUAACCUUGAAAAUGGAACCCAGACAUUUGAUGAUCUACCUGCUAGAUUUGGCUACAGACUGCCAGCAGAAGGCUUGAAGGGAUUUCUAAUAAAUUCCAAACCAGAGAAUGCAUGUGAGCCUAUAGCCCCACCUCCACUGAGAGAUAACUCCUCUGGUGCUUUUAUUGUGUUAAUCCGAAGGCUGGAGUGCAACUUUGAUGUCAAGGUCUUAAAUGCCCAGAGAGCUGGAUACAAGGCAGCUAUAGUUCACAAUGUUGAUUCUGAUGACCUCAUAAGCAUGGGAUCCAACGACAUUGAGGUUUUAAAGAAGAUUGACAUUCCUUCUGUCUUUAUUGGUGAGACAUCAGCUAAUUCUCUUAAAGAGGAAUUUACUUACGAAAAAGGUGGCCACGUUGUGUUAAUCCCAGAGUUCAGUCUUCCUUUGGAGUACUACUUAAUCCCUUUCCUAAUAAUAGUAGGGAUCUGUCUUAUUCUCAUCGUCAUAUUUAUGAUAACAAAAUUUGUUCAGGACAGACACAGAGCAAGAAGGAAUCGGCUUAGGAAGGAUCAGCUUAAGAAACUUCCUGUACAUAAGUUUAAGAAAGGAGAUGAAUAUGAUGUGUGUGCCAUCUGUCUGGAUGAAUAUGAGGAUGGAGACAAGCUCAGGAUCCUUCCGUGCUCUCAUGCAUAUCACUGCAAGUGUGUGGACCCGUGGCUGACAAAAACAAAAAAAACCUGUCCUGUGUGUAAGCAGAAAGUGGUCCCUUCCCAGGGGGACUCUGACUCGGAGACAGACAGCAGCCAAGAGGAGAAUGAAGUGUCUGAGAACACUCCUCUGCUCAGGCCUUUGGCCUCGGUCAGCACACAGUCCUUCGGGGCUCUGUCCGAGUCCCAUUCCCAUCAGAACAUGACCGAGUCCUCGGAGUAUGAGGAGGAUGACAAUGACAACGUUGAUAGCAGUGAUGCGGAAAAUGGGAUGAAUGAAGAAAGUGUAGUGGUUCAGCUGCAGCCCAGUGAGGACAGGGAGUACAGAGUGGCAAACACUGUCUGAGACUACUAAUGACCCAUAGGUGUAUGAACAAAAGGAUUCUUAAGGCUAUUUAGAAACCUUUGCGUAGGGAAUCUCUUUUAAUCUGUAAUCCAUUUGGUUUCUUUGAUAGGAGCAGCAGUUCAUGUAGUAGUACUCUGGUUAAAUCAUUACAGGUAGAUUUACUUUUGAUUCAGGUAUUCAGUGACACAUUCUGUCUUCUCAAAACCAACAGUUAAACUGGACUUCACAAUGCUAAUGAAUAAUGUUAAUAGUUUAUAUCAAUUGAAAUAUCACAAAGACUCUGAAUGUCUCCUGUUGAAAUGGGAUUUCUCUGGAAGUACUUUUAUUUCCAUUUUGUAGCUACAACUGGGUCAUCCUGAGAGCAAUAUUUAUUAUAUGUAGAUAUGUGUUACCCCUUAGGCCCAACAAAAACUGUAUUUGCAUGUUUGUAUAGUUUUCCUAAAAAUUGUCACCACUGCUGAAAGGAAGAAGUAGAACAGAUCAAUAUUCUAUGUGCUGGUAUGUUAAAACAAAGCAGAAGAAAUUCCACUUUUAUCUCAACGCAGUGAUUCCAAAUAGUCCUUUGGAGUUUGCCAUGGUAGCUGAGUUUAAGCAGUUCCAUUGAGCAAUUCCCAGGAUGAGGAAACUUAGAAUAUAUGUUUAGUUUUGAGCAAUUCACAAGGUCAGGUCUGCCAUAAGCACAUUAUUAUCCCUCCUUGCUACUACUUCGUUGUCUGGUUUCCAGUGAGGAGGUGGGACUUGGGAGAUAACAGAGACAGAGGUUUUGUUCCACAUAGAAAAAGAAAUUUAGGGUAAGUAUUAUAUUGAUCCUGGGCUCAUAUACCUCUUACUAAGAGCAUUUUAUGCUGCAUUAGUCUGCUAAACUGUAUAUAAAAAAUUGUUCUUUUCAAAUACCUGAUUUGAAAACAAGUGCUUACACCAAUCUCACAGAACUCAGUACUUACCAGUGUAUCACAAAAAAGGUAGAUUCUAUAUAAUACCUCUGUAACUAUGUAGAAAGUAAAACCAUGCAUAUACUCAAAUGGAGAUUUUUUUUAUAUGGCCUUGACUAAGGAAAGCUUGAAAGAAUGUUAAUAAACAUGUUUUCCACUUUAAA